GCGCUGAGAGUAAAAAAGUGAUAUCGAUUCUGACCAGCUGUCAAACGUAUACAAAUUCAAUUUUCGGAUAUUUAAUUAAGUUUUUAUCUAAUUGUUAAGUGGAAUUUAAUAAUACCAGUACUAUUUUAGAAUAAUAAAAGUUAUUUCCUAAGCAAAGCAGGAAACUCGGCUGAAAAUGCAUUAUGAACGAGAGGAGUUUUGUGUCGUCAAGACCUGUAUGAAAAAAAAUUGCCAGCUGUUCCCUGUUCCACAUAAAGGCAGUAGUGUUUUCAAACAUUGGAGCCGAUUUGUCCAUCUAAGUGGGUAUCCUGGGCACCGGAUUUGUGAUGCUCAUUUUACGCCAAGUGAUUUUCUCUCUGUCAAACAGAUAAAGUUGAAGAUUACCUCAGUUCCAUCGAUUUUGCCAAAACGAGAAGAAAAAGUAUCAGCUAAAACCGGAUGCUGUGUUGUUGGGUGCAGAACCCGAAAAACGGCAAAGCUUCUGAAAUUUCCAGCAGCACUUCGUGCAAGGCGUAAACGCUGGAACUCAGUGCUCGGACUUCCGAUCGAUGAUACAACCCGUCUCAAAAUAUGUCGCCAACAUUUCACGUCUUCAGAUUUUAUUCAAACAACUAGGCGGUAUUUGAAGCCGAGUGCAGUUCCGACUCGAGGUGUUACGCUUCUAACUAAGAGAAAGCUGAUAGUGUACUCGAAGGAUUCAACAGAUAGUGAUGUCGACGACCAACCGGUGCCAGAGCAUGGAUAUUGUGUGCCAUACAAUCUACCUCGAAGUAGAGCUAUUUGUUUUGUUCCGAGGUGCACAGCUCGAGCAGGGAAUGGUAUUAAGCUGCACAAAUUUCCUCUACGCAACCGUGAAGCUUUGAAUAAAUGGAUUGGUGCAAUAAAAAGCAAGAAAAGGCCUACCAAGUAUUCCGCAGUUUGCAGCAGGCACUUUAAAGCUCAUGAUUACCUGGCAGGAGGAAAACGACUCAAGCCGAAUACGAUUCCAUCUUUAUAUCUACCUUCAACUGAUUUGUUGUUGCUACCAAAUCCAUACAAGUUAAACUUUCCUUCAUCAAAACUUCGGUCAUCCAAUUCAAAUAUAAUGAUUGCCAAUCAUUCAUCAGGAUCGUCCCCAUCGCAUAGUACUAGAAGUUCAAAAGAAAACCUAGCUACUGAUUUAGCGUUUUGUGAACUUUCUGAUAAGUUAUCCGAAAUUGAAGAACGUAAACCCAAUCCUGAUGAGAUCAACCAAAAUUCAACGUUUGCUCGCUCGAUUGAUGGAGAGCACGUUAUAGCACCCAGCGUAAACACAAAAACAGAAAGCUUCAUCAAAAGUUGCACAACCCGAAUUGAUAAUGAUGCAUCCAUCAAACUGGUUGGAAUAACCUCAACGUUCAACAGCGAAACAUUUAAAAACGAAAGUAAGUUUUCACUGACAAGCCUUAUCAAGUCCGAUAGAGAUGCAAUAAUAUGGACUGGCGUUGCAUCCCUGGAACAACUUGACUCUAUAUGUAUUUCAGUCAGAAUAGUGGAGGACCAGCUUUACAAAGAACAGCACAGACUAUCUGCAAUAGAUAGAGUGAUUUUAACUUUGGCUAAAUUAAAGCAAAAUAUAUCUUUUGCGGCUAUUUCAACGCUUUUUGGCAUAUCUCCUGCUACUGUAUCGCAAUACUUCAACCACACCAUACAGGUUCUCGCAGUGGUUCUGCAGAAAUUCGUAUAUUGGCCUGAUCGAGAAGAGAUAAGAAACAACUUACCACUGUGUUUCAGAGGAAAAUACGAAAGUGUUAGAUGUAUUCUUGAUUGUACUGAAGUUCCUGUGGCCACGAUGAAGUGCAUCAAUUGUUGCAUAGCAUGCUACUCGAAUUAUAAAGGCAUGAGGACAGUCAAGUUCCUAAUAGGAAUUACGCCAGCUGGUUUAAUCAGUUUCGUGAGUAAAGCUUACAGUGGAAAAGCAUCUGAUAAACAGAUUUUCAACGACGAAAAUGUAUUGAGCCUUCUGGACCCAUUCACUGACGAAUUGAUGGUUGACAAAGGUUUCAACAUUCAGCAAGAAUGUUUUAAUCACGGAAUACGAUUGCACAUUCCUCCUUUCUUGCGAACGGCUCAACAUAGUAAAUCCGAUGCUAUACUAAAUGAAAGUAUUGCAAAAUCUAGGAUUCAUGUUGAAAGAGCUAUACAACGGAUGAAACUUUUCGGAAUACUCCAAUCGGCGAUCGAUGCCUCAGUCCUAGGAUCUAUUGACGCAAUAGUAAAGGUUAUAUGCGCAAUUGUGAACUUAUCGGCACCAAUUAUGAAAGAUAUCAGAUUUUAAGAUUGCUUUAAUAAAGAUAUGAAAGUAUUUGUAGUUGUUGAAUGUUCUUAGGGAGCUCCAGUGGCCUUGCGAGCAUAGGCGUAGGAUUGCCAAUCCGGAGAUGGCGAGUUCGAUUCUCGGUCCAGUCUUAGACGUUUUCGGGUUGGAAACUUUCUCGACUCCUUGGGCAUUGUACUUGCCACUCAAGAUAAAUACAUACUUAUGCAAUGGCGGGGAUAGAAAACCAUUCUCGAUUAAUUUUUCAAAAGGACCUAAGUAACAUUUUUUCAUGAAUUAGGGUAGAGGAUGUAUUUUGGACCACUUACUUUGAGUACUGCAAUCAAAAGCUUCCAUAUUGGUCUGUUGAUUGCAAUAUUCAAAUUAAUUCAUGGAAAACAUGUAAGUUAGGUCCUUUUGAAAAGUUAAGCGAGCAUUCAAUUAAUAACUGAGGAAAUGCUAAUAGAAUACAAACUUGAAAAGCAGGCAAAGUUCCAUUUGGAAUGUAGAGCAAUUGAAGAAGAAAUUUUCUUAUAUUUAUUUGAAAGCUUGAAUUACAUUAAUUCAUUUCCAUGUUUCUUACAUAUUUCAGGUAGCAGGUGUUGAAAAUAAACUUGUUUUAAUGAACUAAUUAGACUUCUAACGUAUUCUUCAUUGAACUGAAUUUCCAAAACAAUGAAAUCAUUCUCGUACUUCGAAUAAACGAUAAAAUCACAAGUAACACAACCUAAUACAUACAUACUUAACUGAAUUUGCGCGUAGUACUUAUGAUUCUUAUUUAAUUCAAAACCUGACUCUCGCUUCUUAAUAUACAACUUAGUUGCUUUACAAUUUUCUAACAUCCACUCCAAACCAUGUUCUUUACCAGACAUUGGGCAUUUAAUCUCAAUUAAAAUAUUACAGCCAGUAUCGACGCCAUCUGGACUUACGCCAAUCCAUGGUUCUUUCACGCAAACUACAAAUCCACAUUUUUUCACUAAUGGAUUUCGUUUUAUUCUGUAGCAUUC